AAGACUUUAAUUUGAACAAUUUAUUGUUAAGAUUUUUAUUUUCCUUCUGUUCUGCGUUGCCCGUCACAGCUAAGUGAUGUCGGAGAGUCAGAGAGUUAAAGCUUUAGCUCGGUGAUUUACUUCUACAUUUCCUGUAUGUGUUUAUAUAUGUUGCGUGUAGCGUGGUGUGUGUGUGGGUCUGCAGCCAUGUCCACGCUGUUUCCCUCGUUGCUUCCGCGGAUAACCGAGUCGCUGUGGUUCAAUCUGGACCGACCGUGUGUGGACGAGACGGAGCUGCAGCAGCAGGAGCAACAGCACCAAGCCUGGCUGCAGAGCAUCGCUGAGAAAGACAAUAAUCUGAUGCCUAUUGGGAAACCCAUUUAUGAGGCGGGCUAUGAAGAGGAGGAAGAGGAGGAUGAUGAGGAUGAAGAGGACAGUGAGGAAGACUCGGAAGAUGAAGAGGACAUGCAGGACAUGGACGAGAUGAAUGACUACAAUGAAUCGCCCGACGAUGGCGAGAUCAAUGAGGUGGACAUGGAAGGGGCAGAUCAAGACCAGGACCAGUGGAUGAUUUAAGACUGGACUUAGUCAGGCUGUUUAGUCCUGGAUAUCUGCUCCCUAUUUCAAACGUGUCAGCUGCUUCCUCACUCUGAUGAGUUUGUUCUUUGUCCAGACUAAGAGUAUAACUCGACCACUGCAGGAAACCUCAGGAGGAACACGGAGUUUGUGUCUAAUUUCAAGCUGUAAUCCUUCAGUUUUGAAAGGCAUGAUUGGACGUUGCCGUGAGGCUCGCUGCCUGGCACAGGUGUGUUUAUUAAAAUGAUGGAAUGAGAGUGAGAAUACAACCACAAAUGUACAUCUAAGCUCCUGUCCUGUUUCCCAUCUUAUUCUGUGAACUACUGCAACAUUUAAACCAGUCAAAUGAGCUCCAAUGGAUGUCUUCAGUCACACGUUUUCAAACAGCGUAUUGGACAUGGAGGCUCUGUCUGCAAAAUAAUUUAUCAUUAAAAAUGACAAACAGGUACACAGAGGCAUAGAAGUUCUGCUUUAUCACUUUUAUUCCAGCUUCUCAUUUUUUAGAAUAUUUAUUGAUUUUUUUUUAGAGUUAAAUGCAUUUAGUUAUCAGUGCUCCACAUUUUAUGGUUUGAAAUUAUGUUUUGCUUGUAUAAUUACAGAUCUGAGCAAUUUAUGACAAGCAAGUUAUUAUUUAUUGCUGUUUUUAGUUUUCUAAAUUUUAAUGUCAUGAAUAAACAGCGAAGUGUUUUAUGA